AGAAAGUAAAGGUUUAUUUUCCGUUUUUUAAACUUUCAGAUGCGCAACAUAUGUUCCGUCCAAAUUAAUGAAGUGUCGAGUUGAGACCAGAUCUCUUGAACUAUUUUCCUGUUUUUCACAAGGAUUGUAUAUAGGGCUCUUCGGGAUCUGUUUUAUUUAGCCGAUUUAUGUGGCAACGCAGCAUGGCUCUAGACUUAUUUCGAACAAUAAUGUAAUGUCAAAAAUUUUUGCUUCUGCAUCCCAACAACAAGGCUCUACUAGUUUGACAAAAGUGUUUCUUCUGUGUUGAAAAAUGUGUUUCAUGUUUUGAAAUAUUAUGUCUUUAUCGAAUUAUGUUAGUGGGCUUUCAGUAGAAGCCAAAGAAAAAUACCUUGAUAAAUUGGAUAUUCUUCAGUGUGAUUGCCCUUACAGUUUAUCUAAAGAUUUGUGGAAACAAGGACUUCAGUGUUGCACAAUUAUUCCCAAAAUAGAUCAUGGGGAUAUAUUCGCCUACUUAGUUUUCUCCAGAAGUAUUAUAGAUGUGGAGAAAACAAAGAGAGCCUUCAAAGGUCUCAAAGCUGAGUCAAAACAAGCAGUGAACGAUGGCUGGCUGAAACAAUUUAUGGCAAUGUGUUUGUCAUCUGGAGUGGUUUUAGUUAAAGCUAAGGUAACUCCAUCUCAAGCUAUCAGCGAAACUCCUCACUCACCAUGGGCUGCAAUAGGUGUUGAUGGCUGUGUAAUAUACGCUCAUUGUACCUGUGCUGUAGGGGUUAAUACUUAAUAACAAUAUUGGAUGUCUUUUAAUCAUC